UUCCCCGUUUUAGUUUCUUACGGCGCAUUCGCUUUCUGGGGCCUUUGUAUGGUCAAAUGUUUGAGCCGAGCAACUCUUCAAAGUCACAACACUUGUCUACUAUGCAUCUUGGAACCCAAAGCAGCGCACCUCAAUUUAACAUGCAGCCAUCGAAACGUGUGCAUGAAAAGGCCCCUGCCACCGACAUGGAACACUCCAAAGUUUUAAAUCUAAGUUUUCAAGGCAGAAGACAGAACGUUCGAGACAAGUGGACCAUGGAAUGUUUCGACUGCUCAACUGCUCUGACUGUGCCCUACUCACCGGCACUGAGGAGCUAGCUACCACCCAUCAUGGUAGACCAUCACGAUGGUGUUGCAUGUGAUCGUGUGGGUGUUGGCCAACAUCCGUGGUUUGUUCUAUUGGGCAUGUGCAGCGCGGGUUGACCCGGCCCCACAUGGAAGCAGCAUUGUCACGUGCAAUGGCACGUUGAUGGGACUGCAAGUAGAAUGAGGUAAUUUAUGGCUUUCAGAAAGUCACGAUUUGGCUGCGGGUCAGAACCAUUUAAAGCCACAUAGCCCUGCAGAGUCCUACCCCUUUUGGAUUCAGCUGCUCAAACAUAGAACCAACGCACAAAGACCUGGACCAAUUCGGUCCUUGUACUUGCUUACAAGCCAAUGUCGGCCAAAAAAAAAGUGCUGCUCAAAGUGAUCAUCCUCGGCGAUAGUGGGGUGGGCAAGACAUCGUUGAUGAAUCAAUAUGUCAACAAAAAGUUCACCAACCAGUACAAGGCGACCAUCGGCGCUGACUUUUUGACCAAAGAAGUCAUGAUUGAUGACAAGCUGGUGACCAUGCAGAUUUGGGAUACUGCUGGACAAGAGCGGUUUCAAUCCCUUGGUGUUGCAUUUUACCGAGGGGCUGACUGCUGUGUCCUAGUGCAUGAUUUGACUGUGCCAAAGACCUUCGAAUCUUUAGAGGUUUGGCGUGAUGAGUUUCUCAUCCAGGCAAGUCCUCGUGAUCCUGACAAUUUUCCCUUUGUUGUGCUUGGCAACAAGGCGGAUCUCGAGAGCAAACGCAAGGUUACAGCAGCUCGGGCCACACAGUGGUGCAAGUCAAAAAACAGCAUACCGUACCACGAGACCAGCGCAGCCACUGCACAGAAUGUGGAGGUCGCCUUUCAGGAGAUCGCCCGCCGGGCGUUAAAGCAGGAGCACACUGAGGAUCCGAUAUACCUUCCAGAGACCUUGACUCUGAAUGCCAAUCAGCAGAACUUCUCCAACAACAGACCCAUGGGGCCAGACUGCGCCUGCUGACGUCUCACAAGACUGGCUUUUCAGGGCUGAAAGGAGUUGACUUGCACAAAAGGGACAUGGGACAGAAGCAACCAGUGUACCGAGGGUCCGAGAGUACAAUUUUUGUGGGAUGGAAAUGACCAGCAUGAGUCUGGAUUGUGGUCGUCAAGGAGACAAGCUUCUAGGUCAAACAUUGGUCAAGCCACGACGUAAUAUCAUAUGGAGUGCUGCAAGAGCACGAAGGUAAAUUCUUGUUUUGCAGCUUAGACGUUGACACGAUCUCCUUGAAAAGCUUGCGCAAUUCAAUCAAGGUCUCUUUCGGCCGGCAAAUCCUGCUUAAUUGACCCUCAACAGGCAGUCAUUGCAGGACAUCCCGGGUCAUGUUGGUGGAAUCCCUGCACAAACUUAGAUGGCUCACUUGAUCAAGCUUCUUUAUGCUCCGCCAUCCAACCUUAGUAGCAGUUAAGUUGGUAGGUCACCGCAAACUCAAGCAGUUUUUUCAGAAGAAUGAAGACUACCAAACCAAUGUAACGGGUUCAAUUCUGCGCGCUCUCUCUCUCUCUAUAUACAUAUAACUGCAGCAGCUGCACAGCAUGCUGAAAUGGAAUUGUUGAUACUGUAGUUUCGCAUAGAAACUUUUCAACAUUGCAUCCCGUGAAUGCCAGCGCUGCGAAAUCCAGGAACAUUGGCGGAACUGCUAGAGUGUUUGGAAGUCCUGUACUGUGUGCAGCUUCGUGGUUGAUGAGUUGCAGCUGCUAACUGGCUGCAAUGCCUUGCCUACGUUCUUAAAGACAUAUCGCACUUGCCAGUUUCAGGGUGUUUUAUAUAUUGAUGUUUGAGUGGCAUUGUGCCUUGCUUGAGCUGCUUGCUUUAUGCUUUGACAUUUGCCAGUUCAUCAAGUGUCAGCAAGUAUAUACAUCGAUUGCCAUAUGAAGCGAGGUUUUAUCAAAAGAGUUUGAUGAGUCUUGUUGGUAAGCCAGGUGAUUCCACAUUGCCUGUGGGGUCUUUGACAUGAUCCCUGUUGAAUUUUCCACUGGCGGUGUUCGAUUCUACUAGACUUGGGUUUUCACGCCCAGACUUUCCCAAAAGAUCACCACGAUCUCCAAGGUCUCCAGGUUUGACCCACCUUUCUUUGCAGCUUGGAAUAGUAGCUGUGUGACACCGUCACCAGACAAGACCAAGGACAGCACGUUGCGACCUUGGGCUGGGGGUGGGGCCCAGGAUUUAGCACCAAAACAUUGAAGAACCCAGUUUGGGCAUGGCCGCAUGGCGUAUCCUGGAAAGAAAAAGGAGACUGG